CAUGCAAGAAUUUUGUCAUGGCAAUUCGUCAACUAUAGAUUCCGAAACAAGAAUUGAGAAGUGGCCUAAUGCUAGCGUAAAACAGUUCCUAGAACGAUUGCAGAGGAUAGGGGAAAAUAAAAAUUUCUUUGUUCCUGGUUUCACGCCUAAAGAGAUGGAAAGUCUACCUAAAGUAUACAAAGGGGUCGUAGAUCAAGUUGCAAGUCUAGAACCAUUGAUUGCCCGUUUUACAGAAUAUGAUGUAACAGUAGGAGAAUUGAUUGUAAAUAAAACAUCCGCAAGGAAUAACUUGAAAAGAAGGUUUCAUUAUCUGACAGACAAUGAGAUCGACUCGUUUUUCAAUGCCAAACUAAAUUUAACAAAAAUAGCUGAUAAAAUCAAUAAUGCUUUGAGCUUACCAAAUGAACGCGACCAACGAAGCCGUUUCAAGAGAAGUGCUUACAGUAACAGUGACUAUUCAUUCAUAAUGAAAUUUGUGAAAAUUGUCUAUUUGGAUCAAUCAGAUUCAGCAAAAAUUGAUUUAAUCAAUAAUUUACUGAAGUCACAUAUUCUUAAUCCAACCGGUUUGCACACUGCAACAUGUUCAGAUGGCCUGUUGAAUUAUAUUUUAUUAAAGGAUAAACCUGAAUUAGUAAAAUUUAAGACGACUUUGUGUGCAUUACCUGAAGAUCAAUGGGCCAGCUUAUCAGCUUUUGCAAAUGAAUCAAUGAGUUUCCGUCCACUAUUAAAUAAGACUAACCUCCUUGAUUGGAUAAAUGGGACUGUUCGCGAAGUUGAACAGUUUUACCAAGAUGUUGAGGAGCUAACGCUUUUUGACUCUGAAUUGUCGUCUCUGUCUGAGUGGGCUAUUCACCUACCACAAGACGCCUGUCUCAACGACACAAUAUCAAAUGCAACAGAGUCCACAACAAAAAUGCCAAACGAUGAAAAUCCCAAAGAUGAUGACGAUAAAAAACAAACAGAGAUAGAGAAAGCUAAAAGGAAACGUUACAGUGGUAUCGUUAAAUUCUGGCUCAAAAUGCAACAAACUAUUUGCGGUAAUAACGUCACACAAGAUAGAAUUGAUGCAUUUAAUAGCGAACCAGAAGUGAAUUUGGGAAAUGUCGAACUUCUUGCUUUAAAUCAUAGAAAUCUAGGAGUUUUGCUACACGUACUUUACAGUAAUCCAAAGGUUCUUUAUUCACCAAACGGUACUGAUGCUGAUAAAGUUAUUCAGAAGGCAAACAGCACGUUCGCAACAAUUGAUAGAAUAUCAUCCUAUGCAAGAAUAUGGCUGAAUGUUUCAUCUGAAUUACGUAAUUAUCUGUCUUUAAACUCGACAAGGGUAAAUUUACAACUUAUAAAAGAGAUGAAACAAAAUUUAACUGAUUCACCAAAAUUACGACUCUUUUUGGAAACUAGUAUACGAAAGAAUAAUAAACACGUGAACGAUAGAUUAAUAUCUAAUUUUACGGUUCUUGAACCUGAAGAUUAUGUGGCAAAAUUAGAUAUAAUUGAUAAUGCUGCCUGCGGUUGGUUAAGACUAAUAAGCGGAAUAUCGCUGAAUGUCUUUAAAGGUUUUAAAACUGAAAAAGAACUUAUAAAAUAUACCCUACGUGAUAGCUAUAGAGACAAUACGACAGUUUUCGCAAGUGUGAUUUUUACAAAUAUACGAGAAAAUGGAACGUUGCCUCGCCAUGUUAUUUAUAAAAUUCGUCAAAAUUCAACUUUUACUCAAACAACCAAACUAGUAAGGCCAAAGUAUUGGUUUCCUGGUCCUAGGACGUAUGGUUAUUACUAUUAUCAUAUGGGAUUCGUGUGGAUUCAGGAUAUUAUUGAGAGAGCUAUCAUUGAUACAUUCGUUGGUCAUGACGUGAUUGAACCUGGAAGCUACUUAACUCAAUUUCCAUAUCCAUGUUACUUAUACGAUAAAUUCUUAUUUAUAGUCCAACAUGUGAUGCCUUUAUUAUUAACGAUCAGUUGGGUUUAUACAGUUGCAAUGUUGGUUCAGAGCAUCGUCUAUGAAAAAGAGCAAAGAUUAAAGGAAGUCAUGAAAAUGAUGGGAUUGAACAACUCGGUUCAUUGGUUGGCUUGGUUCAUAACAGUCUUCUUUCAAACUACCAUCACGAUGGGUUCAUUAACCAUAAUGCUAUAUCAAGGAAAAGUUUUAGCCUAUAGUAAUCCGUGGAUUUUAUUUCUUUUAUUAGAAAUCUUCGCUAUGGCGACAAUCUCAUUCUCUUUUUUAAUAAGCGUGUGGUAUUCUAAAGCAAGAUUAGCCGCUGCCUGCGCUGGUAUUAUUUAUAUAUUAACCUACGUACCGUCAAUGUAUGUAGCAAUAAAAGAGGAGGCUGCUGGAGAUCAUAUUCCUUUUUGGGCAAAAUCGAUUGCGUCAUUAUUCUCAACUUCAGCUUUUGGCCUAGGAGCCAAAUAUUUUGCCUUCUAUGAAAUUACAGGGGUUGGGGUUCAGUGGAAUAAUCUACAUAUAUCACCAGUUGAAGGUGACGCCUUCAAUCUCAUUAUGGCUCUGGAAAUGAUGAUAGUCGAUACAAUUCUCUAUGGGGUUCUCACUUGGUAUAUAGAAAAUGUUCAUCCGGGUUCGUAUGGAUUGCCAAAACCUUGGUAUUUUCCAUUUACGAAGUCCUACUGGUGCGGCCGUAUGAAUGCUCAACAGCAAAGCUUUUCUUUGAUGGACUGCUUCAGGCGUUAUAGAGGUUUAAAUGUUACCGAAGAAGAUCAAGCUUGUGCUCUGAAUAACAGAGAUAUGACACAUUUUGAAACCGAACCGAAUGAUUGUCGAGUUGGAGUUUGCAUUGAUAAUUUGUCUAAAAGAUAUAAAACUGGUAAAUUAGCCGUAAAUAAUUUAUCUUUAAAUUUGUUUGAGGGGCAAAUUACUUCAUUUCUUGGUCAUAAUGGUGCUGGUAAGACGACAACAAUGUCAAUAUUAACUGGGUUAUUUCCACCAACGUCUGGAAGGGCAACAGUCUACAAUCAUGACAUUCGUACUGAUAUGGAAGAAAUAAGAAAAUCUUUGGGUAUGUGCCCUCAACACAAUGUCCUCUUCGAAGAAUUAACUGUCGAAGAACAUUUAUAUUUUUACUCCAAAUUGAAAGGGGUGCCAAAUGAAAAAAUAAAUAGUCAAACUGAAGCCAUGAUAAAAGAUAUAGGCUUACCCAAUAAAAGAAAAUCAAAGGUCGAUGCAUUAUCGGGAGGAAUGAAGAGAAAAUUGUCUGUUGCUAUUGCAUUUAUUGGUGGCUCGAGAACUGUUAUCUUAGAUGAGCCAACCGCUGGGGUUGAUCCUUACGCUAGACGAGCCAUAUGGGAUCUACUAUUCAAAUUUAAGGCUAAUAGAACAAUCUUACUAUCAACUCACUACAUGGAUGAGGCAGAUAUACUUGGAGAUAGGAUAGCCAUAAUAUCUAAUGGCAGUCUAAGGUGCUGUGGCUCCUCAGUUUUCCUAAAGACAACUUUUGGCGAAGGUUAUCAUUUAUUUAUGGUUAAAACAUGUUGGAGCGAAGAAGAUCGCCCACUAUUAACAGAGGCGGUAACAAAAUUUAUCAAUAAGUACGUUAAAAGCGGUUAUUUGAAGGAAGAUGGCCUAAAGGAACUUCACUAUAUUUUGCCAUUUGCGGAAGUUACCAAGGGGUCAUUCGAAAGGUUAUUUGAGUCUCUCGAUCAGUCGAUAGCUGAUCUGAAGAUUUCUAGUUACGGAAUAAAAGACACUCAGCUGGAAGAAGUUUUUAUGAAGGUCACGCAAUCAGCAAGGAAUGCAUCAGAAAGUAACUUAGAUGAAAAAAUCGAUGAUGAUAACAAUACUAACCAGUCUAAUGAAUCUAACAGAAGUUCUGAAGCUGCCAGCCGUCAAAUUAUUAAUGAUGAUGAUGUUCCUCUUGAUGACAUUACAAAUUGGCGCCAUGCGAAUGAUGUGGAAUUGUUAACAAAUCAUACAGCUCAAGAGCCAACGAUGGCUAAUGAUCAGCAUAGAUCCUUGCCUGGUCGGGGCACUUAUGUGGUCGAAGGUUAUAAAUUGACCUUACAGCAAUUCUUUGCAGUUAUAGUCAAACGAUUCUACUACGUUAGGCGUAAUUGGAAAGGCUUGUUUACUCAAAUUCUCUUGCCCAGCGUGUUCGUGUUCAUUGCUAUGACAGUCGCCCUAACUGCUCCCAAAAUGGAUGAUCUUCCACCGCUUGUUCUCAGUCCGGCUAUGUAUUUCAAUUAUACCAGACCAAGGGGUAACUUUAUACCUUUUGCCGUUGUUGAUUCAUUACCACCGUUUGCCGAAAAUUCCAAGGAUGCAAGUCCAACAAAAUUAUCAGAAACUUUCAAAUUACUUGCUGGCGUAGGAGCAACCUGUAUUCUUAAAGACCCUUUUAAUAAUCCAAGUAAUAAGAAAGAGUUAGAGCACAAUCUUGGGAAUAUGUUUCGUUUUUAUGAGUCAAACCCUUCGUGCAAAAGCGUCUUUGUAGAAGGCUUACCUAUUGACAAAUUUAUCAUUAAAAUGGCAGAAUCAAAGGGCCAUAUUAAAACACUUAGUAAUAUAAGUAAGAAACGAUCACCAUCUCUGUAUCCAAAAUGUCACUGUGUUAAGGAUAAUUCAGGAUUUAAAUGCGAUUCGUCGAACGUCGUUAAACCAGAUGAUUUUAUGUCAACUACAUCAGAUAUCAUGUUAAAUAUAAGCCAAAGAAAUUUGAAAGAAAAUUCUUACUAUUUGUACACAACUGACGAAUAUCGUUUACAUCGUUAUGGAGCUUUUACUUUUGGCUUGAUAAGAGAUUAUGUUCCUACUGAUUUUGGAGCUAAUGCUCCAUCAAUGUUUAAAAGAUUAGCUGUGAGAAACAUUGCUAGAGUUUGGUUCAAUCACAAAGGACUACAUAGUAUGCCUGCUUACCUAAACACAUUAAACAAUGCUAUUUUAAGAGCCAAUUUACCUUUGGAUAUGGGAAACCCUUCGGCGUACGGCAUAACAGUCAUCAAUCACCCUAUGGAAAAUACCAAUGGAUUAGAAACAAUGGAUUACAUAUUAAACGGAACGGAUGUUUUGAUUGCUUUAUUUAUCAUAAUAGCCAUGUCCUUUGUACCUGCCUCGUUCGUUGUUUUCCUGGUUCAAGAGAGAUCAAGCAAAUCGAAACAUUUACAAUUUUUAUCUGGACUCAAUCCUGUUGCUUAUUGGUUAGCAAACUAUAUAUGGGACAUGUGUAAUUAUGUAAUACCAGCUUUAGUAUGCAUAGUCAUUUUAAAGGGAUUUGAUAUACCAGCUUACGUAUCAAAAGUAAAUUUUCCCGCUGUGGUAUCCCUCUUUUUGCUUUAUGGGUGGUCAAUUACCCCAAUGAUGUAUCCAAUAUCUUUUGUCUUCCAAGAAUCAAGCGCUGCGUAUACAUUUCUCAUAGUUAUCAAUUUAUUUAUUGGCCUAACGUGCAUUAUAACCAGUUUCCUAUUAGAAAUAUUCGAAAUAUACGGAGACAUUCAAUUGGGAAAAGCCAAUCAUGUUCUAAAAAAUAUCUUUCUCUUUUUUCCAAAUUAUUGUCUGGGGAGAGGACUGAUGGACAUUGCGUUCAACGAGUACAAAAAUGAAUAUUAUUUAAAAAUUGGUCAAUACGACAAAAUUGUCUCACCUUUUAAAUGGGAAUUAACAACAAGAUAUCUUGUAGCCAUGGCAGGAGUAGGACUUUUAUACUUUUGUGGCACAGUACUGUGCGAAUACGGAUUCUUUGUCGGUGGACGAUCGUGUACUAGUUAUAGACACCGUCAAAAUUCCUCUGAAGACGAAGACGUUGCGGCCGAAAGAAAACGAGUGAGGGAGAACGGUGUAUCGAGAGAUGUACUGGUCGUUGAUAAUCUAACAAAAAUAUAUAUAACAAGAAGGCUGGGUCGUCACCUAGCUGUGGAUCGCUCUUGUUUUGGAGUCUCAGCUGGAGAGUGUUUUGGUUUAUUGGGAGUAAAUGGAGCCGGAAAAACAACAACCUUUAAAAUGCUUACUGCAGACUUGCUACAAACUGCAGGCGAAAUUUAUUUAAAUGGUAGAAAUUUACGGGAAGAUAAUAUAGUCAAGCAAAAUAUAGGAUACUGUCCGCAAUUCGAUGCUUUAUUUGACGAAUUAACUGCUAGAGAACAUUUACAAUUGUUCUGCAGACUACGAGGCGUUCCUGUAAAGGAAACUAAGUCUGUAGUGAAUUGGGCCCUGAAGAAAUUAGAUCUGAUUAAAUUAGCAGAUAAAUCGUCUGAUACAUUCAGUGCUGGAAAUAAGAGAAAACUCUCUACCGCGAUCGCUUUAAUCGGUCAUCCAGCGGUAAUAUUGCUUGAUGAGCCCACUACAGGAAUGGAUCCACAUUCUAGGAGAUUCUUAUGGGAUACUAUAUACCAAUUGACUAAAGAUGGACGAUGUGUAGUUCUAACAUCCCACAGUAUGGAAGAGUGCGAGACUUUAUGCACAAGAAUGGCCAUAAUGGUAAAUGGUCAAUUAAAAUGUCUUGGUAGUGCUCAACAUUUAAAAAAUCGUUUUGGGGACGGUUAUACUUUAAUAAUCAGAUUGAAAGGCCCUAACUACGAGAGAGAUGUCCGUCGAGUGAAACGAUUUGUGCUAGAUAAAUUAGCAGGUGCCGUUCUAAAGGAAGCUCAUUACAAUUCUGUACAAUUCGAAAUGAAGUCAGUAAAUCUGUCCCUGGUAUUUUCCGUUAUGGAAGAAUCUUUGAGAGAUAUGAACAUAAUCGAUUAUUCAGUUAGCCAGAAUACUUUGGACAACGUUUUCAUUAACUUCGUUAAACAACAAACUGAGAUAAUAGAGGAAGAGAGUGAAGUAGAAAUGACUUCUCAAUCGAUGGACGGCGACAGAAUAAUAUUACUAGACGAUAAUAGCCGAUUUGAUGAAUCACUGUUGGAUACAUCAGCAGAAGACAGAAGAUAUUUAGAUAGUAUAAACAGGACGAGGUUGUCAUUUUCGGGCCACAACGCUGUUAUUUAA